CUUCCUCACCUCAGAGCCAUGGGGAGCCAGGGUUCUGGUGGGCAGCCCCUGGCACAGGCUCCCUACACAGUUCUGCUGCUGCCACUGGGAACAAGCCGAGAAGACCCCGGGGCCCAGAGCUUUUUUCUUUGGCUGCAGAGGAUGCAGGCUCUGGAGAGAGAGCAGGAUGCCCUGUGGCAGGGCCUGGAGCUGCUGGAACAUGGCCGGGCCUGGUUUGAAGACCAUCUGAGGGAGGCACAGCAACAGCAGCUGCAUCUGGGAGCCCUUGGUGAGAAUUUUCUAACAGAUUUACACUCAGAGCCUGGCGGCCCCCAGUUAGCCCAAAUUCAAAAAGUGAACAUCUGUUUGCAGAAUCUGAUUCAAGGAAAGUUCUCCCCACAUCCAUUGAACAAGGACAGUUCCUGUACCACCCAGAACUGGAAGGAAGAGCCGUGGAAGCAGAACUUGUGGCAGCAACAGGAGUUAUCAAAGCAGCAGAAAGGAAACAUCCAGUCUCAGGAGGAGAUGGCUCAGCUGAGCUGUCUCCAGGGGCAGAGAGGCCCUACCCUUGUGUAAACCCUUCUCAAUCUAGUGAAGGAGCAGAACCUUCUCUCCUUAUUCUGUCUUAACUCGACAGCCUCCUCUCCUUAUUCUGUCUUAACUCGACAGCCUCCUCUCCUUAUUCUGUCUUAACUCGAUUGCAGUUCUUGGGUCAACAAAGUUCAUAUACCUUGGUAUAAUUUUAUCCUCCACUCCUAAAAAUUUCCAUUUCAUUUUCUUGAUGUCUCAUGCCCUCACUCUCUAUAUAUGAUAUGCAAAAAUGAUCUUUCUUUGAAAUCCCUUAGGGGAGAAGACAUGUUCAUUGAAACCAUCCUUCAGCUUUGAAUAGAAAAAAUAAAAUAGAAGCUGCUCCAGAGUUUAAAAUAAAAACAACUGUAUAAAUAACGCUUCCUGGCACUUACCUCCUUCCAAAACUAGUCUCCUCCCCACAUAUCUAUCUACCUGAGCCUGGGAGAGCAUGACUAGUUAAUGCUCCAGAUGCUACAGAGAAAUAGAGAUCAACUUUCUCAAAAAAAAAAAAAAAAAAUAUAUAUAUAUAUAUCUUUGGUUUCAUUCCCAUAAGGGUUAUAGAAAGUGCAUUGCCAGGAAAUCCACUGCCUUCUAUCCCAAUCUUGGUGUUUUUUGUUUUUGGAGUGCUAGGUAUGGAACCCAGGGCCUUGACCAUGCUAAGCAAGUGCUCUAACCACUGAAAACACCAACCUCAUGAUGUUUAAGAAAGAAAAGGAACCUGAUGCAGUGGCCCAUGCUUGUAAUCCUAGCUACUUAGGAGGCUGAUGUGGU